AUGGGGAAUAAAAACAAAGAGAAAAAAAAAGCCAGAAAACGGCAGUUGUCAAACUCGAAAACCAACGAAGAUCUCGAAGUCAUUGAAGUGUCUCUACAGAAGAAACGACUUUUAGAUGACAGUGUUGACAUCGUUCAAGCCGGUAAUGUCAGGUGUGCAGAGAAAGGUACUAAAAAAACAGUAAAAUCAGUUUUACAACAUUUAUUUAAAGAUAAACCAUUGGAGACUCUACCGACUCGCGAACUCAUCGGAAAUCAACUAGUUGCUGCUAUUAGGAAUCGUCAUUUUGCAAUUGUGGAAGGUCCACUGGGUUGUGGAAAAACAUUUUUGGGUCUUUAUGCUUCUUCCGUUCUCGGUCUACCAAUUCAUGUCAUGCAAAUGGGCGAUCAGAUCGAUUCUAAAACUCUCUUUGGAUCAUACCAUUGUACAGAAGUGGCUGGUCAGUUUGUGUGGAAAGAAUCUACAUUUGCAAAGUGGCUCCAAGCUCCUGGAGUGAUUCUUCUCGAAGAUAUCGAUGCUGCAAACGCUGAUGUGGUCUCAAAGAUUGUCGACAUUGCUACUUAUCGUCAAACAGAUGCUUCCAACUCUGAAAAGAAUUUGGAUUUUCACAAUGAAGUUCGAAUUAUCGCCACUAUGUCUGGAAAAGGCAAAAAAACUGCCGUUUUGGACGGUGUGCCAGUCCGUAUUCGGGUCGAAUCCUUAUCCGAUGACGAGCUCAAGAGAUUAGCUUCUAAAUCCUAUCCCAGAAUUGCUCAUCUUUCUCGGACUCUUAUUUCCACAUUCCGAAAGAUAGAAAACGUUCCUGGUACUGGAAACUCGAGACAACUAACAUCGACCGACUUUCUCCGUGGUUGUGCUCGCUUGGCGCUCCUACCUAAUAUCUCUGCCAAUGUGGAAACUUUCGCCGAGUUAAUUGAUACCUGGUGUCUUGCCGAUCCCAGACAGAGGGCUAAUCAAUUAUGCAACAUCGUUGCCUCAUCGUUGAAUGUGAAUCCGGAUCGUGUGAAUACACAUCUCUCUGUUCGACAGCCAGAAGUGAAAUAUGACGAGCACGUUGUUUCAGUUGGUAGAUCAAAAAUUCCAAGGAAAAUGAGCAUGAUCAAAACGGGAAGACAUCGACUAGGUCACACUAGAGACGUUGUCCAACUGAUGGAACGAAUUGGUGUCUGUGUGUCUCAUAAUGAGCCGCUUCUACUAGUCGGAGAAACUGGUGUUGGUAAAACGUCCAUCGUUCAGGCUGUUGCCGAUCUCAUUGGUGUCACAUUGGAUGUUGUGAACGUAAGCCCGACUUCUGAUUCGGAUGAACUAAUUCAAGGAUAUAAACCAACAACAAUCGGUCGCUUGAUGGAACCGUUUACCAAGUUCUACAUGGAAGUUUUCACAAAAAAUUUCGAUUCCAAAAACAAUCAAAAGUUCGUUGACAAUUUGGAGAAAUGCCUCUCAUCGGGAAGAUUCAAGGACUAUCUGAGUUUGGUUGAAGCUACUGCAAUCAAAGCUCUUCAAAGAAAAUGCACUAACAAGGAGAACGAUGGGCAGAACUUCUGGUUCGUGCAAGACAAAUUCGCGAUGGUCUCGAAAAAGGAGCAGCUCCGUUCGCUCUCCAGAAAGGCGCUGUUUUGGAGGCUGCGGAAAAAGGACAUUGGCUUCUUGUUGAUGAGAUUAACCUGGCUCCACCAGAGUGUCUUGACGCAAUCGUUAACGCAUUAUCAGCACCCGGAACACAUCCAAGCUUCCACGCUGGAAAGCGUCGUCUUCCACCAGGAGUACGAACGAGGUUUAAUCGUUUUUAUUUUCAAAUCAUCAAGAUUUUAUAGGUUCACUGAGUUCUUCGUUUCGGAAACGUCUGAUCCGUUCCAACUGGCUCUCAUCGUCUCGGCGUAUCUACCAACAGUUUCUCAGCCAUUUGUGGAGAAUCUCGUCAAAUUCUACAUGUCUGCCAAGCAGCUUUAUCCGUCGAGUUAUUCACUUCGAACGCUGUGUCGUGCUCUGAAUUUCACUGCCGAUAACAUGUUCGGAAGUGUGGACCAAUCAAUUUACGAAGCUGUUUCCAUGGCAUUUUUAACCAAUUUGGAGAGUGAAGAAAAAGGAGUGAUGCGAUCAAAAAUUCAAACUGCUUUUCGAUGCAAAGUUGGAGUGAUGCCAGAGCCAAAGGAGUCUCAUAACUAUGUCAAAAUCGGAGGAUAUUACGUACAAAAAGGAACGCUGCUUCCGGAAAACGAUCCUAAAUAUGUUAUCACGAAGACUGUAAAAGGAAAUCUAGCUGAAAUUGCGAGAAUCGUGUGCAGUGGACGGUUCCCGAUUUUGUUGGAAGGAGAGACAUCAGCAGGAAAAACCUCAAUCAUUUGUCAUUUGGCAAAAGUGACUGGAAACAAGAUUGUCCGAAUCAAUAAUCACGAACAUACGGAUGUUCAAGAAUACAUGGGUUCCUAUGUAGCUGAUUCAGGAGGAAGGUUGGUUUUCCGCGAAGGAGCUCUAGUUCAAGCUGUGCGAGAUGGAUCCUGGGUCAUUCUAGACGAGUUGAACUUGGCACCAACCGAUGUCAUCGAGGCGUUGAACAGGUUGCUAGACGACAAUCGUGAGUUGUUCGUCUCUGAAAUCAAUGAAACUAUCAAAGCUCAUCCUCGGUUCCGCCUUUUUGCUACACAGAAUCCAGCUGGUUCUUAUGCAGGAAGAAAACGACUUUCAAGAGCUCUGAUGUCCCGUUUCAUUGUCCUUCGUUUCCUACAUCUACCAAUUGACGAAUUAUCGGAAAUGGUACGUGCACGAUGUGGUAUCUCACCGAACGCUGCUUUGAAAAUGAUUGAAGUCUUGAACGAGCUACGAAAUCGCAGAAGUCUAUCGGGUCUUUUCUCUGCUAGAGACGGCCUCAUGACUCUCCGAGACGUCUUCAGAUGGGCCAAACGAUUGAGCACAGAUGAAACUACGGAUGAUUGGUUACAAAUUUUAGUCAAUCACGGAUACUUCCUUUUGGCAGGAAGAUGCAGAAAUGAGAAGGAUGAAGCUACAGUAGUCGAAACACUGGAAAAGAUUAUCAAAAGGAAUAUCAACAAAGAUGAGUUGUUUUCUAUGGAAUCUCCAUACAUGCCUAUUGAUGUAAUCACUGAUAAAGUUGUUCUGACACUUGGAAUGAGAAGGAUGCUCGUGUUGACAGAACAAGCAUGGCUCCGAAACGAAGCUGUGUUGAUGGUUGGAGAGACUGGAGGUGGAAAAACGACACUUUCAGAAUUAGUUGGAAGAGGCAAACUUCGUAGCAUCAAUUGUCACGAAAAAACCGAAACUGCUGAUCUUCUUGGAAGACUGCGCCCAAAACAUGAUGGAGGAUUUGAGUGGUCAGAUGGAGUUGUUAUCAGUGCUAUGCGCGAAGGAGCUCCGCUGCUUGUUGAUGAAAUUUCACUUGCCGAAGAUUCAGUUCUAGAAAGACUCAAUCCAUUAUUCGAAGAAGAUCGUGCACUGCUCUUAUCUGAUGCAGGAACUGAAACCGAAGUUGUUCAGUCACAGUCAGGAUUCCAGAUAAUUGCAACUAUGAAUCCAGGUGGUGAUUAUGGAAAGAAGGAACUUUCGAAGGCUCUCAGGAAUCGAUUCACAGAAGUAUGGACGUCUAGUGAUUACACCACAUCUGAACUUGCAACUAUUUUUGAUCACAGACUUGCAAGGGUGGAGGCAACCAGAGAAGAAUCUAGAAUAUCACCGACAAAAACAGCCACCUCUAUUGUCACAUGGAUUUCUCAAUUUUUCGGAAAAUAUUCUCAUGUGUUCAGACAUGCCCCAUCCGUUCGAGAUGUUGUUGCUUGUGCAGAACUUUAUUCUUCCGCGGUGACUGCUCAGAUCGAUUCUCCAAUUGCUAUCAGAGAUGCGUUGUGUGCUGUAUUCCUGGAUUCUCUCGCUGGACUGACAACUCGUCUUCAUAUUGACGCAGAAGAAGUGUUCGAUGAUGCACUGACUAUGCUUCACACCAAACUAGUCAAAACAGAACUCGUCAGCCAAUUCUCUGAUGUUUCUAAUUUCAUCCAAGAAGCCAAGAAAACAGUUCUAAUUGAGCAAACGUCGAAUUGUUUGAUUGUUGCCCAUCUACGCGUUCCAUUCGGAUCAAUUCCUCCAAAAGUUCCAAAAGCGUUCUCGUUAAAAGCACCGACAUGCUCUGAAAAUUUCUAUAGAAUUGCUAGAGGUCUUCUGAUCAAUAAACCGAUUCUUCUGGAAGGAGCUCCUGGAUGUGGUAAAUCUUCGACAGUGAUGGCUCUCGCUCAACUUACUGGAAACCCAAUCACUCGACUCAAUCUCAGUGAUCAAACGGAUUUAUCAGACCUUUUCGGAAGCGACGUUCCUGUACUCACAGAAGAUGGAACGAUGACGUUCAGAUGGGAAGAUGGACCAGUUCUCAAAGCGAUCAAGAAAGGAGAAUGGAUCUUACUUGAUGAAAUGAAUUUGGCUUCGCAGUCGGUUUUAGAAGGACUCAAUGCGUGCUUCGAUCAUAGAAAAGUAUUGUACAUUGCUGAAUUGAAUCGAGAAUUCGUGAUCCCAGCCACGUCAAACUGCAGGUUCUUCGCCUGUCAAAAUCCACGAGUUCAAGGAGGCAACAGAAGAGCACUUCCGAAGUCGUUCGUUAAUCGUUUCACAAAUAUCUACACAAACGAUUUGACAAAGGAGGACAUCGUGAUUGUGUUGAACGGAGUAGAUGAGAAGAAUCUUUUGAGUGAUGAGCAACAAAGAGCUAUGGUCACCAUCAGCGAGCAAUGUGAAAAAGAGUCGGAACGAGGAACUCUCCUAGGAGGACCCUAUUCAUUCAAUCUAAGAGAUCUGCUCAGAUGGUAUGAUUUGAUAGCAGCUGGACGAUCUCUUGGAGAAGGUUUUGAAUUGGUGUACAUGGCAAGAAUACGUAGAGAAGAAGACAAAGAGCUGAUAAGAUCCAUUUACGAGAAAACGACGAAUGAGAAGUUGGUGAGCAGAUCAGUUUUAUUAACUGUUGAUGCGAAGGAUAUGCGAAUCGGAAAAUGCACAUUGAAACGAAAUCCCCAAACUACCCCAAUUGCGAGCAAACGCCGACUUCUAGCAUCUCAAAUGACUUUGACACAUAGCGUUGCUACUUGUGUUGAACUUAAUUGGCUCACACUGUUGGUUGGACCGAGAAAUUGUGGAAAAAGAACCGUCAUUGAGAAUAUUGCCAAUAUCUGCAAUAGGAAGUUGAAGUCGAUCACUUUGAAUGCAGACACUGAUGCGCAAGAGUUGAUUGGAAACUAUGAACAAGUUGUGGAUGAAGAUUGUCUUCCUGAUGCCAAGAAGAAAAUCAUUGAGAUUUUUCAAAAGAAAAAUGUUCCAGUCGACAGAGUUCAGCAAGUCGACGAUUUGAACAAGCUAGAAGCCACCGUCGAAUUGAUUCUUUCUGAAAUCGGAAACGACGAAGAGAUUCGAGAGGUGAUCAGCAUUGCAAACCUAAGCUCAAUGCGUUUCGAGUGGACUGAUUCCGUAUUUGUCGAUGCAUACUUACACGGAGAUUGGCUACUUAUUGAAGAUGUCAACUUGUGCAGUGCUGCUGUGUUGGACCGUCUCAACUCCUGUUUGGAGAGUGGAGGAAAAUUGGUUGUUGCCGAAAGACAGAAUUCUUAUGAACCACUCGAACCUCAUCCCGAUUUCCGAGUUUUUCUUUCUAUGGACGCCAGAGUUGGUGAAGUUUCUAGAGCCAUGAGAAACAGAAGUUUGGAAAUCUACAUAGAUGAAACAUCGAGAUGGAGUUCCUGGCCAGCUGACGUUCAAGCAAUUGUUGGAUCAGAAAUUUCUAUGGAAUUAAGUAAAAAUGUCUCAAGAGACCUAACAACGGAGCAACAACUUCAUUUCGCUGCUUUACUCGAAGAAAACGGGGAGAAUUUUUCAACAGACGUUGCCUGGAAAUUAGUUGGUGGACAGAAGGACAGCUCAAUGGAAGAUGACGAUGAAGACGAUGAAGUGAUUGUACAGAAGCUUGCUUGUGCUCCUAGAAUCGACCAGAUUUGUGAACUGAGCGGUGACUAUGAAAGAUAUCUGAUUUCAACAUGGAAGCAUGCCGCAGAAAAGGCAAAAGUUUCUAAUGUCGAAGCCGCUCUGAUGACGUUCCUUUCCACCAGUUCUUGGAGCAUUCAGAAUCUUUUGGGUGAUUUCCAAACCAUUUUUGGAUAUGAUCUAGUUGAUUCUAUUGUCAAAAGAAUUCCUGCGAAUCUUUUGAAUCCGUUCAAUCGCCAUCUUAUCGACGCUGAAGCUUCAUCUGGAUUUCCGACGGAUCAAUCAUCGAAGUUUAGCAGAUCUAUUCUUUUCGAAUGGAUCAUUCAAAUGAUUUCUAAAAUUCCGAUUGAUCAAGGAUCUGCUGAACAUCUCUGCAAUACGUUAACUAAAUAUGAAAUUGCAACAUGUGAUGUCACCUUCAACAAUCUCCCGCAGAUUUCCCAGCUGGUUAGAUCGAUUAUUGAGAUGUUCAAAACGAGCACCACUGUCUCACGUCACGCUCAUCGGGAAGUUUGUAUCUCCAUCUCCUAUCUUCUCCUUAUUGCUGCCUCUCGACGAAAGCUGACUACAAGAACUGGAUGUGCAGCUGUCUAUUUGGCCUGGAAUGAUCUUAAAAACGAAGCAACGAAAGCCAUUGGCAUCACUUGUACGGAAAGCUUGACAUCAGUGAGCGCAAAAAUCGACGAAGGGUGGACUUCUGAAUCCUAUGAGAAGUUUGUGACCGAGUUUAUUCAUAGAUGGCGAAAGUUCGCGGUGUGUAGUCCAUUCUCGACGGAAGACCAAGCAAGACUUUUCUUGGAGCAUAUUGAAACGAUUCUGAGAGAGGAGAAUACUGAUAACGAUGUGGAGAUGAUAGAGGAGGAUAGUGAUGAAGAGGUCGAGCAUAAAAACACGCCGAUUCCAGUUUCUCCGAUUGAAUUAUCCAAUAAGGUUGUUGAAAGUGUGGAUGCGUUAUUCGAGUUUCUUUCAUCUGGAAUUGUAAACCAAAAAGAUGAUGUCUUCAAGAAGUCAAACGUAUACUCUGGAGUCGAUUGGAAAGAUCCAAAGAGUUCUCAAUGGAUUCGUACCGCUGCUGUAUUUUGUGUCAGUGUUGCUGCAUGCAAAAUCCAAGAAGAAGACGAUGAAAACGUUCUAGUUUCUGACUUGUUGAUGAUUGGCGGCGGAGCACACUGCAUUGCUACACGUCUAUUCUUCUCAUCUCUCAACUACAACCCUGCACUAUCGAGUCUCAAUAUGGCUCAUCUUCAAAAAUUCCCAAUCAAAGAACUCGGAACAAAACUGUGGAGACUCGCUGUCAAUUCAUCUUCUAUUCGGAAUGUAAUGAAACAUGCUCUAGAACAUUUGGGUGUUGGAAUUGAAGGAUGGACUAAUGGAGACAAGAAUGGUAUCGAGUGUGGAGUCGAGAUGAUGGAGAGAGCGUUGCCUCCGAAAGAGACAUUGGAUCCAGUGAUUUUCGAAGAAGAACGUUCUUUGUUCAUUCGUGCGAAACGCAGAAUCGUUGAAAGACAACUCAGCUAUCUGGCUGAAUGGAGAGAACUUGUUGGUAGACAGUCGUCCGAUUGUGAUUUUUCUUCUUCGCAAGUCAUUAUCAGAGGUCUCAAUGAUCUUCGAAAGGAACUUGCGGAUUUGGAUUGCGAGGAUGGACAACACGAAGAUGUCAUUUAUCGUCAAUCUGCAACACAAUACAAUCAGAUAUGUGCAGAAAUGCGAUCAUUCCUUGAUCUUGUGAAAUCUACUAUUUCCGAUAUGAGAAGCAGUUCUGACGAAUCUAAUGAUAAAAUGACUGUCAUCCGUAUGGCUCGACUCAAAUCGUUUGCAAUGAGCGCAGAAAACUUCAGAAUCAGUAUUCUCCGCAAGUUUGUGUCCUUCGUUGAUGUAUCAAUGCCGUUUGUCGCUGGUCUACUGAUUGUCGAAAUUGCUUUCAAUGAGAUGGCUCUGAAAUGGAAACAAGAAGCGAAAAGGCAACAUGCGACACUUUCUUCUGCAUUUCCCCGGUUCAUAAAGUUCUAUUCUACCCCUUCUGGUCUUGUUUCAAACGAGGUUUCAAGCUGGGCAAUUCGUGACGGAUCUCCAAUGCCACUUCAACUGAAAUCUGCAGUAGUGCGAAGGAAGUUAUCGGAAAUCGAAGACGAGAAUCUUUCUUCAUCGAUCACCGAGAUUCAGUGGACAAGAGCUCAGUGGAAGAAGUGGUACGAGAAGAAUAUUGCCAAAGCAGAGCAGAAAGAUUUUAUCUAUCGUACGAAAACUGAGGAGGAGAAGGACGAAAUGGACAUUGAAGAGUUUUUCGCCAAACAAGAGCAAGACUCACAAGUUCUACCAGAUUCUGAUGUUUCUUUGCUUUUGGAAGCAGUAGAACAGAAAAAGUUCUCGUUGGUUGAUGAUAAAAGUCGAAAACAAUCAGAUGAACGGUAUGAGAUGGCACUGGCUUGGAUGAGAUACGUGAUGAGUGAAGUUGGUGCGAUUCCUGUGGAAGAUUCUUUGUGGACUCAGUGCAUUGAUGGUGAUCAGAAACUUUUCGAAGUUUUGGCUUCCCACGAAGGAUUGUCAGAUGAUGUAGAUGGUGAAGACACAAAAGUUAUUGAUGUCUAUAGAAAUUCCUCACUUCGAGAAUGUCGCCGUGUUGCUGUAAUCUUGGAGAGACUUUCGACUAGAACAAAAGAAGUACUCGAGAGAUGGCCAGAAGUUGUAUCCCUGAAAACCAUCAUCACAACCAUUGACGAGUUUUUCACUGUAUCUGUUUCAACUCCGCAUAUCAAAGUUGCCACACAAAUUGAGAAUCUCAUCGAGGUUUGUGAGCAGUGGGAAAUGAUGGCGGAUCGUGCGAAUUCGUUGAAAGAUCCGCUCGGAGAAUUGAGAAGAAUGCUGGUUGAUUGGAAGAAGAUGGAAGUUCGAUGCUGGUCGAGUUUACUCGUCAACUGUGAAAACGAAGCAAAACAGAGAGCUCAACUUGUCGCAUUCCCACUCUUCGAAUCACUUUUCGAAGCCACAACACCAGAAAUGGAGGCGUCUAUCAUUCCAAUGAGUAUCGAAUGGAUGCAUAAUGCGACACUUGUCGACUUCUCCACUAGAGUUCUCACAAUUAAAUCUCUGUCUCGUUGGGCGAAAAUCGCAGGGAAGGGUGUGCUGGCGAAACAACUAGAGGCUGCUUCAAGGCAUUUUGCAAUUUUCACUGAACGCGUUGAGCAACGAUUGAAAGAUGCCCGGGAACCUGCUGAGAAAGGUCUGAAAGACUAUCUCAGAGUGGUCAAAUACAAUGAUUUGAACCUUUGGAAUAUUCGUGUUUCUUCAAUUAAAGCUCAUGCUCAAUUAUACAAAAUUGUUCGACGAUUCAAGGAUGCUAUCAAUGCAGAGCUACACGAAGAUUUUGGUAUUCUUCAAAAAAUUGAAGAGUGGAAAAGGAAGGUUUUCGAUCAAGAUGCAUCUACAUCUGACGAGGAUCUGACAGGAAACGAUUGCGAGAAGAGAAUCAAACAAGUUCGAAAGUUUGCCACUGAAAUCAAUGAAAAGUUCUCUCAUCUUUGUGGGACUACUGCCAUCGAAGAGCUUUAUGAGCAAACUAAAGCGGCGGAUGAAGCUAUCCGAACAAUGAUCAAUUAUGUUGGAGAAGAUGAAGAGAAGGAGAAACAGCAAGGAUAUGCUAGAAAUUCUCGACAGCGUCAAGUUGCAAUGAUGAUCAAAGAGUCACAAGCGAUCGGUUUGAAUGCGAGAAAAGCUGUGCUGUUGGUUCAAGAGGAUAUCAACAAAUCCUCGAUCCUUGAUGUUGUUUCUAAAGAAGAAUGCGAAAAAGAAAUGAGAAUUUGUUCAUCUGGUAGAAACAUUGUCAUCCAAAAAGUCAACAAGAUCGACCAACAAGUCGGAAUUUCUACAAGAAAGCACCUCAGCGGAAUGAUCGGUUUGUUCUUCAAAAUAACUGUAAUUUAUAACAUAAUUUUUCUUUCAGAGUACGGAAUGUCUUACAUGAUUUCUCUGCAACAAAGCAUUGGUGAUCUGAAAUCAAGCAUUUCAAAAAUGCAUUCCUUCUCCGCACAUCUCAAAGUUUUGUCCGAAAAUCAACGAAGUGGAUGGAUAAUCGAUCAUGAGAUUGUUAAAGGAAGAAUCGAAAAAGUUGCUGGUCUGAUUUCGUCAAUGGAAGUUUUUGUUGGAUCCAUGAAACGAAGAUUGGAAGCGAUUCCUUAUCAUUCAGAUGAGUUUAUCCGUUCAAAGUCUCAUCUCCAUCAGCUAUCCAAACUUUCACAAUCCGAUGAGAUUGCUCAGAAACUUGUGAACUGGUCCGCGAAGUUGUCUACAUUGAUUGAAAAUAUGAAGCGGAUCAAUGAGAACUUUGGAAACACUUCAAUUUUCAAAUCAAUCGAGUAUGCUAUUUGGAGAUCUCAGUUGAAUGAAGAUUCGAAAGCGCUGCUCGACAUUCUUAAUCUUUUCGACGGUUUCUUCGAAUCUGAGAAGCAACAAAUUUCUAAAAACCUUGAAGAAAUGUCAUUAUGGACGAAGGAAUUCGAUUCAUCCGUUCCCGUUGAAGAAUGUGAGACUGAUGUCACUCAGCUACUUCUGCUGGUUCAGAAUAUCUACAAAAAAUUGAACGCGGUGAAGGUGAACGAAGAACCUAAAGCUCUUGAUCAAAUCAAUAUUCUUCGGGACAUUCUCAAACAAUCAGAUGUUGAGACUGUUGUUAAGUACUUGGCUGAAAUCGUUCAGAAACAUUCGAGUGGAGAAACUUGUGGACGAAACAUCGAAGGUCUCGCAGAGUUGAGCAAAAUGACAGCAAGCAUCAUAGAAAGUGGUGUGACGCACUUAUCAAACUGUCUAGGAUAUUUCUGCGUUUUCUACCAUUCAAUGCUUUCCAUGACCAUGCAAUUGUACGAAAAAGGCUACGUCAAUUCGAUUCCAAAAGCAGAGAAACAAGAAUCCGGAGACGGUCAAACUGAUGAUACUGGAGAAGGUGGAGGAAUCGGAGAGGGAGGUACAGCUAAAGACGCUAAAGAUGUGACGGAUGAAAUGGAGGAAACUGGUCAAAUUGAAGGACUUGAAGAUGAGCAGCCGGCUGACUCGGAGGAACACGAAUCAAAGAAUGACAACGAGAGACCGAUCGAUAUGGAAGAUGAUUUUGCUGAAGAUCUUGAAGAUAUUGACAAGAACGAGAAGGGAAACCAAGACGAAGGGGAAGAUCAGUCUGAUGAAGAACCGGACGUAGAAGAUCAAAUGGGUGACGUGGAGGAGGAAGACGAAAAACAGUUGGAUCCAAAGAUGUGGGAUGAGGAGGAGAAAGAACAAGAGCAGCAGAAGAACAUGGACCAGGAGCAACAAGCUGCUGACAAUCAAACUGACGAGAUGGUUGCCAAAGAAGACGAUGCGCAGACAAAAGAUGAGGAUCAAGACAAAGCAGGAAAGGAUGAAGAGAAAAAUGAUCAGCCUGAAGAGGACGAACAGGAAAAUAUGGAUGAGCGAGAUAGAGAAAACGAUGAGCGUGCCGAAGAUCAGAUGGAUACGUCUGAACCUAACGUAGACGAUGAGCAUCCUGAGAAAGGAGAAAUCGACGAAACUGAGGACGGGGACGAUGGGGACGAAACUGACAAAGAAGACGAAGAGGCCAUCGAAGGUGAUGGAGAAGAAGAUCAAAAUGAGCAACAGGACUUGGUAGACGUUGAAGAUUCGACGCAGAAAAAUGAAGAGGCGGAGGAACAGAAGAAGGAAGAUGAAGCUCUCGAACAGGGAACUGGUGGUGAGCAGAACGAUCAGGACGAUAAACAAGACGCUGCUGAUGGAGGACUAGCCGAAGAGGAAGAGAAGGAGGAUCAAGAAGAUAAAGAUGAAAAGGGAGAAGGUAAAAGCAAAUCUGACCCGAACGGAGAUGGAAGUAAAGGAGAGGCACCGAAGGAGCAAACUAAAAAAGAAGAUGAAGAAAAAGAGGAGGAAGAUGAUGAAGAGAAGGUGGAACGGAAAAGAGAGUUGGCAACUGACGAUGCUCCGAUGGAAGAAGCCGAAAUGGGAGAAGGAGAGGAAAAUGAGUCAGGCCAGCAGAUGGAGAAUGCAGAAAUUUCUGAUCGUCAACAAGUAGGAAAAGGAACUAUUGAAGAAGCUCAACAGACUAAAAGAGAGGACAAACGGGAGGAAGAGAAGAAGAAAAGAAGAGAACUGAAGGACGCAGUAGAAGGUACAUCUGGGGAGAACGACGGCGGGGAGGUGGAAGACGAAGAUGCUGAAGAGACCAAAGAUGCCCACAUUCAUAUGGCUGCGCAGGAUAUGUUCACUGUGAUCGAAGAAACCACCAAAGACCUUGUGACGGGAAUGAUAGACGAACCCGAAAGUCCAGAACGUCCAGAUCAAUCAACUGUUCGUCGAAUCAACGAGAAAGCCGACGAACAGUGGGCCGCAAUGUCUCGAACUGUCGGCAUGCUCGCUGCAGAGUUAGCUGAGAAUCUUCGAUUGAUUCUCGAACCACAAAGGGCAAAUAAGAUGCAGGGAGACUAUCGCAGUGGAAAAAGACUCAACAUGAGAAGAUUGAUUCCAUACAUUGCUAGUGAAUAUCGGAAAGAUCGAAUUUGGAUGAGAAGAACGAAACGGGCCCAGAGAGAGUAUCAAAUUAUGAUUGCUGUCGAUGAUUCUGAAUCCAUGAACGAAAAUGGAAUUCAUCAAAGUACAUGUGAAUCUGUGUGUAUUGUUGAAGAUGCACUCAGAAGGUGUGAUGCUGGCCGAGUUUCGGUUUGUUCAUUUGGUGCCAACGUCGAAACGAUCAUUCCGUUCGGUGAAGCAUCUGCAAGUAGUAGCAUCGAAAUGCUGAAGCAGAUGACGUUCUCUCAAAAGAAGACUGAUCUUCUACUGCUUCUCAAGAAUGCAAAACAGCAGCUUGAUGAAAUCAGAACUGCUACUUCUGAACAAAUGCUGAUUGUGAUCUCCGAUGGAAGAGGUGCUCUUUCGCAAGGAGCCGAUAAAGUUAGAGCCUUGUACUCUGCUCUGCAAGGAGUCACGGUUCUUUUUAUUAUUCUCGAUUCUGGGAAAAAGUCGAUUGAAGAUCACACGGUUGCAUCAUUCAAAGACAAUAAAGUGAUACUCACGCCAUACCUCUCCAUAUUCCCGUUCCCAUUCUACGCUCUCGUCAAAUCGGUCCAACAAUUACCAUCCGUCAUCGCUGAAUCGAUUCGCCAAUGGUUUGAGAUGACAACACAACAUUCGUAG